AUGGAAGAAAUGGUCGAGGAAGUUGAGUAUUUAAAAGAGGAAGGUUCCAUGAUGACUUUGAUGGUUUUGGGACACAAAAAAUAUCAGCUUAUCGAGGUUUAUCGGCUUAUCGAAGUAACAUCUUAUCAAAGUUCCACUGCUUUCAAUCUUGGUGCUAUUGGAAGAGUCGUUGGAAGGGAAAUUAAAUUUAUGGCAUUGACGAAAAUUCAGUCUGACGUCGACAUGGAAGUUAUUGCCAAACAACAUUUUUUGUUGUUCAGGUUUAUUAUGAUGAUGUUUUGGUGGAAAAUUUGUAAAAGAAACUACAUUAUCGUUGAGUCAUGUCUGAGUUCUGAUUCAAGCAUGUAUCGCUUCCAAAAUCUAUCAAAACUGAACAAUGGGGAUCAACAUAAUGGAACAGUUGAAAAAACAAAUCAUUAA